AUGAGAUCAUUAGGUUGUCACGAGUGCAUAGGAUUUUACGGAUCUCAAUUUGGAUGUCGUUUGACUAUCGAACGGAUUUCGCAUAUUGUGCGUUAUUCGGGUUCGAUAAGUUCUAACCGUUGGAUCGAAUUCGCGGAUCGUGAAUCGGAGGCCCGGAUGUUCCGAUUCAAUAAUUUGAAGUUUGUGGAAUUAGCGAUAACCGUAGGAUGGGAAGCGAUUCCCAAACCUGGUUCGUAUCUCGAAAUAGGUACUUCGGUCAAUCAUUCGCAGCAGGCAGGACCCUCUCGGGGCCGGGCAGCGUGGGAUUACCUAGUACGAGGAGUUGUUGUGAGAUUGUGGAAAGAUAUGAGUUUGAGGGAUGGUUGUGAGAUGUAUGAGUAUGUUAGGUGA